AUGCCGUUGCCACCAGCUUUACUGGCACGUUUACAAAAAAGAGGAAUUGUAAAAGCACAAGGUACGUUAUUUUUCUUGGUUUUUUUGGUUUAGGCAUCGAAAUGUGAUGGAGAAUAUAGUUUGCUACCUUUCAAAGUUGUUUGGGCUAGAAGACAUAUAAUGUUUAUAAAAAUGGAUUCAGUAUAAGCUUCGGAAACUUUGUCAAUGGAUUUAAAUUCUUAAAAUAUAAAUUUUCAUUUAGAGAAAGACGAUGAAGAAGAAGUUUUCGCGGAGAAUUACGAUUCAGAAGAUAGUGUAGAAGAUGAAGAGGAAGAAGUGGACCAAAGCCGUGGUGGAGCACCUGGAUGUCCUAACAAAUGGAAUCAGUAUCAUCUUUGCUCAGAAUAUUGCUUUGAUCAUUGGCAUGAAGGGACUCCUGAAUCUAGGUAUGUUACUUUUUGGUUUGUCUUGUUUUAGGUUGAUAUUGAUGGGAAACGGUUAAUUUUUGAUGAAAAAGUAGACUUUUUGGUCGAGUAUAGAGCUUCUAUACUGUUUUUCAUUAAAAGGAAGAGUUUUUUUGAUGUUAUACAUGAUAAAUGAACGUUUUACUUGUUUUAAAAGAUUGUUUUGUGGCUUAACCCUUACUCCAUUGCAUUCCAGACUCUCAGAAGACUAUUUAUCGGCCAAAGAGCGUAUGUUGAACAAAUACCCAUUGCCAGACAACUGGAAAGAAGUCUACGAUCCAGGAGUUGCUCGACAUUAUUAUUGGAAUCAUGUAACUGAUGAAGUUUGUUGGUUAUCGCCAAAUCAUCCUUGUGCUAAUGUAACAAAGCCUGCACCACAAAUGGCGGCCGAAUAUUUUGAGGCGAAACAAAAAGCAUUGGAAAUUGAGGAAGAACAGAAGGAACAGAGGAAACAGAAGAGCAAAGGAAGAUGGGAUAGGAGGCGGGAGGAGCUGAAGAGGUCUAUGGUAAGAUAUUAUGUUAGUGUUUGUGCCCAGAGAUUGAGAGUAGUGCUAUCGACUUAGAAAUGGUUUCAUCUUCUCGGAAAAAGACUUAUCUUCUGUUAGCUGAUCUUAUAAUGACAGAUAACAAUAUUUGUUACAUAAAAACCAUUUCAGCCCCCAUCAGACGAGCCAGAACCAGAAUCAGUGGAAGAGAUGUCAGAUAGAGAUAGAUUAAAGCGAGCCAAACGAAAAGGUAUUGACCCAAUGGACCCCAGUGCCUAUUCAGAUGUGCCCGAAGGCAAUUGGGGAGCAGGGUUGGUCGAGGAAGCCAAUACGGGUGUGGACACAAGUGCUAGUGGACCAUUGUUUCAAUCCAGGCCGUAUCCAUCGCCUGGAGACAUUUUGCGACGGAAUAAAAGUUAA